GGCAGCUCCCCACACCUCCCACGCCCGCCGGCCAGCGAGGGGCAGCUGGGAGAUGCUCCGCACUCUGACCUCAGCCAGGGCGGCCCUGCGGCUCCGGGCAGUGGGCUGGGCACGGACCAUGGCCUCGCGGCCGCUGCUGGUGGCCCCCCCGGAGGUGCUGCUGAAGCCCUUGUCGGUGCCCAACCGGCUCCUGCUGGGGCCCGGCCCCUCCAACCUGGCCCCGCGCGUCCUGGCGGCCGGGGGGCUGCAGAUGAUCGGCCACAUGCACAAGGAGAUGUACCAGGUGAUGGACGAGAUCAAGCAAGGCAUCCAGUACGUGUUCCAGACCAAGAACCGCCUCACGCUCGCCGUCAGCGGCUCGGGCCACGCCGUCAUGGAGGCCGCCCUGGUCAACCUCCUGGAGCCCGGGGACCCCCUUCUGGUCGGGGUCAAUGGCAUGUGGGGGCAGCGGGCCCUCGAGAUCGGGCAGCGCAUCGGAGCCCGCACUCACCAGAUGACCAAGGACCCCGGAGGCCACUACACGUUGCAGGAGGUGGAGGAGGGCCUGGCCCAGCACAAGCCUGCGGUGCUGUUUCUGACCCACGGGGAGUCGUCGAGCGGAGUGCUGCAGCCUCUCGACGGCUACGGGGAGCUCUGCCACAAGUACCAGUGCCUGCUCCUGGUGGACGCUGUGGCCUCCCUGGGCGGGGUCCCCAUCCACAUGGACCAGCAAGGCAUCGACGUCUUGUACUCGGGCUCCCAGAAGGUCCUGAACGCCCCUCCAGGCACGGGGCUCAUCUCCUUCAGUGAGAAGGCCAAAAACAAGAUCUACACCCGGAAGACGAAGCCCUACUCCUUCUACCUGGACAUCAAGUGGCUGGCCAACAUCUGGGGCUGCGAAGACAAACCCAGGAUGUACCACCACACCACCCCCGUCAUCGGCCUCUACAGCCUGCGAGAGGGCCUGGCGCUCAUCGCGGAAGAGGGCCUGGAGAACUCCUGGCACCGGCACCGGCAGGUCACCAUGUACCUGCAGGGGCGCCUGCAGGCUCUGGGCCUGCAGCUCUUCGUGAAGGAUCCGGCGCUGCGGCUCCCCACCGUCACCACGGUGGCCGUGCCCGCCGGCUACGACUGGAGAGACAUCGUCAACUACCUCAUAGACCACUUCUCCAUCGAGAUCACCGGUGGCCUCGGGCCCUCCUUGGGGAAGGUGCUGCGGAUCGGGCUCCUGGGCUGCAACGCGACGCGGGAGAACGUGGACCGCGUGACCGAAGCCCUGCAGGAGGCCCUGCAGCGCUGCCCCCGGAACAAGCUGUGACCGGCCACCUGCCGGCCCCUCCUGAGCGUCUGCGCGAUGGACAGGCCGCUGCCAGCCCCCAGCCGCCCUGCUCCCUCCUGGUGAAACUUGCUGCGAAAGGCCCUUUGGGCUCGGGAUCCCCAGCUCCUCCCAAGUGCCCUGCAGUCCCCAGGCCCCUGGCCCCCCGAGAAUACUCAAUAAAGAGCAGGCGGC